CGUCCCGCGGAGCUUUCCAGGCGGGCGCGCGGCUUUCUCCCCAGACCCACCGAGCGGCGAAGAGGCGAGAUGCGCGGCGGCGGCGGCGCGUGGGGCGUGCUCCUGGCCUCGCUGCUGUGGGUAGCCGCGCGGUGCCAGCAGAGAGGCCUGUUUCCUGCCAUUCUCAAUCUUGCCAGCAACGCUGACAUCAGUACCAAUGCCACCUGUGGCGAGAAGGGGCCCGAGAUGUUCUGCAAACUUGUGGAGCAUGUGCCGGGUCGGCCCGUUCGAAACCCGCAGUGCCGGAUCUGUGAUGGCAGCAGUGCAAACCCCAGAGAACGCCAUCCAAUAUCACAUGCCAUAGAUGGCACCAAUAACUGGUGGCAAAGUCCCAGCAUUCAGAAUGGGAGAGAGUAUCACUGGGUCACAAUCACUCUGGACUUAAGACAGGUCUUUCAAGUUGCAUAUGUCAUCAUUAAAGCUGCCAAUGCCCCUCGGCCCGGAAACUGGAUUUUGGAGCGUUCUCUAGAUGGCACCACGUUCAGCCCCUGGCAGUAUUAUGCAGUCAGCGACUCAGAGUGUUUGUCUCGUUACAAUGUAACUCCAAGACGAGGGCCGCCCACCUACAGGGCUGAUGAUGAAGUGAUCUGCACCUCCUAUUAUUCCAGAUUGGUGCCACUUGAGCAUGGAGAGAUUCAUACAUCACUCAUCAAUGGCAGACCAAGCGCUGAUGAUCUUUCACCCAAGUUGUUGGAAUUCACUUCUGCACGAUAUAUUCGCCUUCGCUUACAACGCAUUAGAACGCUCAAUGCAGAUCUCAUGACCCUUAGCCACCGCGAACCUAAAGACCUGGAUCCUAUUGUUACCAGACGCUAUUAUUAUUCAAUAAAGGACAUUUCUGUUGGGGGCAUGUGUAUCUGCUAUGGUCAUGCUAGUAGCUGUCCAUGGGAUGAAACUACAAAGAAACUGCAGUGUCAGUGUGAGCAUAAUACUUGCGGGGAGAGCUGUAACAGGUGCUGUCCUGGGUACCAUCAGCGGCCCUGGAGGCCUGGAACCGUGUCCUCUGGCAAUACAUGUGAAGCAUGUAAUUGUCACAAUAAAGCCAAAGACUGUUACUAUGAUGAAAGUGUUGCGAAGCAGAAGAAAAGUUUGAAUACUGCUGGACAGUUCAGAGGAGGAGGGGUUUGCACAAACUGCUUGCAGAACACCAUGGGGAUCAACUGUGAGACCUGUAUUGAUGGACAUUACAGACCACACAAAGUGUCUCCUUAUGAGGAUGAGCCUUGCCGCCCCUGCGACUGUGACCCUGUGGGGUCCCUCAGUUCUGUCUGUAUUAAGGAUGACCUUCAUUCUGACUUACGCAAUGGGAAGAGGCCGGGUCAGUGCCCGUGUAAGGAAGGCUAUGCAGGAGAAAAAUGUGAUCGCUGCCAGCUUGGCUAUAAGGAUUACCCGGCCUGUGUCUCCUGUGGGUGCAACCCAGUGGGCAGCGCCAGUGACGAGCCCUGCACAGGGCCCUGUGUUUGUAAGGAAAAUGUGGAGGGGAAAGCCUGCGAUCGCUGCAAGCCAGGAUUCUAUAACCUGAAAGAAAAAAACCCCCAGGGCUGCUCCGAGUGCUUCUGCUUUGGCGUUUCCGAUGUCUGCAGCAGCCUCUCUUGGCCUGUUGGUCAGGUAAGCACUAUGUCCGGGUGGCUGGUCACCGACCUGAUCAGUCCCAGGAGGAUUCCGUCUCAGCAAGAUGCACUGGGCGGGCGCCACCAGGUCAGCAUCAACAACACUGCGGUCAUGCAGACGCUGGCUCCCAAGUACUACUGGGCGGCCCCCGAGGCCUACCUUGGAAAUAAGCUGACUGCAUUUGGUGGAUUCCUGAAAUACACGGUGUCUUACGACAUUCCAGUAGAGGCAGUAGACAGUCACCUCAUGUCGCACGCUGACGUCAUCAUUAAGGGAAGCAGACUCACUUUAAGCACACAGGCUGAGGGUCUGUCAUUGCAGCCUUAUGAAGAGUACCUAAAUGUGGUUAGACUUGUGCCCGAAAACUUCCGAGAUUUUCACAGCAAAAGGCAGAUCGAUCGUGACCAGCUGAUGACUGUCCUUGCCAAUGUGACACAUCUUUUGAUCAGAGCCAACUACAAUUCUGCAAAAAUGGCUCUUUACAGGUUGGAGUCCGUCUCUCUGGACAUAGCCAGCCCUAAUGCCAUCGACCUGGCGGUGGCCGCCGAUGUGGAGCACUGUGAAUGUCCGCAAGGCUACACAGGGACCUCCUGUGAGUCGUGCCUCUCUGGCUAUUACCGCGUGGAUGGAAUACUCUUCGGAGGAAUUUGUCAGCCCUGUGAAUGCCGCGGCCAUGCAGCUGAGUGCGACGUUCACGGCGUUUGCAUUGCAUGUGCGCACAACACCACCGGCGACCACUGUGAACAGUGCUUGCCCGGCUUCUACGGGGAGCCUUCCCGAGGGACUCCUGGGGACUGCCAGCCCUGCGCCUGCCCUCUCACCAUAGCCUCCAACAAUUUCAGCCCCACCUGCCACCUCAAUGAUGGGGAUGAGGUGGUCUGCGACCAGUGUGCCCCAGGAUACUCAGGAGCUUGGUGUGAGAGAUGUGCAGAUGGUUACUAUGGAAACCCAACAGUGCCUGGCGAAUCUUGUGUUCCCUGUGACUGCAGCGGCAACGUGGACCCCUCGGAGGCUGGUCACUGUGACUCGGUCACCGGGGAGUGCCUGAAGUGCCUGGGGAACACAGACGGCGCCCACUGUGAAAGGUGUGCUGAAAGCUUCUACGGGGACGCUGUGACAGCCAAGAACUGCCGUGCCUGCGGAUGCCAUGCGAAAGGCUCCCAUUCUGCCGUGUGCCAUCUUGAGACCGGACUCUGCGACUGCAAACCAAACGUGACUGGACAGCAGUGUGACCAGUGUUUGCAUGGCUAUUACGGGCUAGACUCAGGCCAUGGCUGCCGGCCCUGCAAUUGCAGCGUGGCGGGCUCUGUGUCAGAUGACUGCACAGAUGAAGGCCAGUGUCACUGCGUCCCAGGUGUGGCAGGGAAAAGGUGUGACAGGUGUGCCCGUGGCUUCUACGCCUACCAGGAUGGCAGCUGUACACCCUGUGACUGCCCACACACUCAGAAUUCCUGCGACCCAGAAACUGGAGAGUGUGUCUGCCCCCCUCACACACAGGGUGUGAGGUGUGAAGAAUGUGAGGAUGGGCACUGGGGCUACGAUGUGGAGAUGGGGUGCCAGGCCUGCAACUGCAGUCUCGUGGGGUCGACUCAUCAUCAGUGUGACGUGGUCACCGGCCAUUGCCAGUGCAAGUGGAAAUUUGGUGGCCGGGCCUGUGAUCAGUGCUCCUUGGGUUACAGAGACUUUCCCGACUGUGUUCCCUGUGACUGUGACCUGAGGGGGACGUCGGGGGAUGCCUGCAACCUGGAGCAGGGUCUCUGCGGCUGUGCAGAGGAAUCUGGGGCCUGCCCUUGCAAGGAGAAUGUCUUUGGCCCUCAGUGCAACGAGUGUCGAGAGGGCACCUUUGCUCUCCGCGCAGACAACCCCCUGGGCUGCAGCCCCUGCUUCUGCUCCGGGCUGUCCCACGUCUGCUCAGAGCUGGAGGGCUACGUGAGGACCCCAGUAACGCUGAGCUCCAAUCAGCCUCUUCUGCGUGUGGUUUCUCAGAGUAACCUGAGGGGCACGACUGAGGGGGUUUACUACCAGGCCCCUGACUUCCUGCUGGAUGCCGCCACCAUCCGGCAGCACAUCCAUGCAGAGCCGUUUUACUGGCGGCUGCCGCAGCAGUUCCAGGGAGACCAGCUCAUGGCCUAUGGUGGCAAACUGAAGUACAGCGUGGCCUUCUAUUCUUUGGAUGGCGUCGGCACCUCCAAUUUUGAGCCUCAAGUUCUCAUCAAAGGUGGUCGGACCAGAAAGCAAGUCAUUUACAUGGAUGCACCAGCGCCAGAGAAUGGAGUGAGGCAGGAACAAGAAGUAGCAAUGAGAGAGAAUUUUUGGAAAUAUUUUAACUCUGUUUCGGAAAAACCUGUUGUGCGAGAGGAUUUUAUGUCUGUCCUUAGCAAUAUUGAGUACAUCCUCAUCAAGGCAUCAUAUGGUCAAGGAUUACAGCAGAGCAGAAUCUCAGACAUUUCAAUGGGGGUUGGCAGAAAGGCCGAAAAGCUGCACCCAGAAGAAGAGAUUGCGUCUCUUUUAGAGAAUUGUGUCUGUCCUCCUGGCACUGUGGGAUUCUCGUGUCAGGACUGUGCCCCUGGGUACCACAGAGGGAAGCUUCCAGCAGGGAGUGGCAGGGGACCCCGCCCUCUGGUUGCUCCUUGUGUGCCCUGCAGUUGCAACAACCAUAGUGACACCUGUGACCCCGACACCGGGAAGUGUCUGAACUGCGGCGAUAACACAGCAGGUGACCAUUGCGAUGUGUGUGCUUCUGGCUACUAUGGGAAGGUGACUGGCUCAGCAAGUGACUGUGCUCUGUGUGUCUGUCCUCACAGCCCCCCUGCCAGUUUUAGUCCCACUUGUGUCUUGGAAGGUGACCACGAUUUCCGUUGUGACGCCUGUCUCCUGGGCUAUGAAGGACAACAUUGUGAAAGGUGCUCCUUGGGCUAUUAUGGGAACCCUCAAACACUAGGUGGCAGUUGCCAGAAGUGUGACUGCAACCCGCACGGCUCUGUCCAUGGCGACUGUGACCGCACAUCUGGGCAGUGUGUUUGCAGGCUGGGGGCCUCGGGGCUCCGGUGCGAUGAGUGUGAACCGAGGCACAUUCUGAUGGAAACGGAUUGUGUUUCCUGUGAUGAUGAAUGUGUAGGUGUGCUGCUGAAUGACUUGGAUGAGAUUGGUGAUGCCAUUCUUUCUCUGAACCUCACUGGCAUUAUCCCUGUCCCAUAUGGAAUUUUGUCAAAGCUGGAAAAUACAACUAAAUAUCUCCAGGAAUCUUUAUUAAGAGAAAAUAUGCAAAAGGACCUGGGAAGAAUUAAGCUUGAAGGUGUUGCAGAAGAAACGGACAACCUGCAAAAGAAGCUCACUAGAAUGUUAGCAAGUACCGAAAAGGUGAAUAGGGCAACUGAGAGAAUCUUCAAGGAGAGUCAAGACUUGGCCGUAGCCAUUGAGAAGUUGCGGAUGAACAUCACAGAAAUUAUUGAAAAGACAACUUUAAAUCAGACUUUGGACGAAGAUUUCCUGCUACCCAAUUCUACGCUUCAGAGCAUGCAACAGAAUGGGACAUCUUUGCUGGAAAUCAUGCAGAGAAGAGACUUCACACAGUUGCACCAAAAUGCCACCCUUGAACUCAAGGCUGCUGAAGAUUUAUUGUCACAAAUUCAGGAAAAUUACCAAAAGCCGCUGGAAGAAUUGGAGGUAUUGAAAGAAGCAGCAAGCCACCUCCUUUCAAAGCACAACAGUGAACUAAAGGCAGCUGAGGUGCUUGUGAGGGAAGCCGAGGCAAAGACCGAGGAAAGCAACCACCUGCUGUUCAUGGUCAAUGCUAACCUGAGAGAAUACAGUGAUAAAAAGCUACAUGUUCAAGAAGAACAAAAUCUGACCUCAGAGCUCAUUGCCCAAGGAAGAGGACUGAUAGAUACUGCUGCUGCACAAACAGAUGCUGUACAAGAUGCUCUAGAGCACUUAGAGCAUCACCAGGAUACGCUACUUUUAUGGUCUGCCAAAGUCAGACACCAUGUAGAUGACCUGGUCAUGCACAUGUCCCAAAGGAACGCACUUGACCUGGUCUACAGAGCUGAGGACCAUGCCGCUGAGUUCCAGAGACUAGCAGAUGUUCUGGACAGUGGCCUUGAAAACGUCAGAAAUGUGUCCCUGAAUGCCACCGGUGCAACCUAUGUCCGUUACAACAUCCAGAACCUGAUCGAAGAAUCGGAAGAACUGGCCAAAGAUGCUCACAGGACUGUGACUGAGAUAAGCCUGCUCUCAGAAUCCCUUGUUUCUAAUGGGAAAGCGGCCGUGCGGCGCAGCUCCAGAUUUCUAAAUGAAGGCGACAACCUCAGCAGGAAGCUUCCAGUUAUUGCAUUGGAACUGAGUGAACUGAGAAAUAAGACAAACAGAUUUCAAGAGAAUGCUGUUGAAAUUACCCGGCAGACCAACGAAUCAGUCUUGAUACUCAGAGCAAUUCCUGAAGAUACAAGAGACAAAGGAGCUAAAACCAAAGAGCUGGCCAAGUCUGCAAGCCAGAGCGCGGUGAGCACGCUGAGGGACGUGGCAGGGCUGAGCCAGGAGCUGCUGAGCACAUCUGCCAGCCUGUCCAGGGUCAACACCACAUUACAAGAGACACACCAGCUUCUGCAGGACUCCACCAUGGCCACUCUGUUGGCUGGAAGAAAAGUCAAAGACGUGGAAACUCAAGCCAACCUUUUGUUUGAUCGGUUGAAGCCUUUGAAGAUGUUAGAAGAGAAUCUGAGCAGAAACCUAUCAGAAAUUAAACUGCUCAUCAGCCAGGCCCGGAAACAAGCAGCUUCUAUUAAAGUCGCUGUGUCUGCAGACAGAGAUUGCAUCCGGGCCUACCAGCCUCAGAUUUCCUCUACUAACUACAACACCUUAACACUAAAUGUUAAGACACAGGAACCCGAUAAUCUUCUCUUCUACCUCGGUAGCAGCACCUCUUCUGAUUUCCUUGCAGUGGAGAUGCGGCGAGGGAAAGUGGCCUUGCUGUGGGACCUGGGCUCCGGGUCCACACGCUUGGAGUUUCCAGACUUUCCCAUUGAUGACAACAGAUGGCACAGUAUCCAUGUAGCCAGAUUUGGAAACAUUGGUUCACUGAGUGUAAAGGAAAUGAGCUCAAAUCAAAAGCCACCAGCAAAAACAAGUAAAUCCCCUGGGACAGCCAAUGUUCUGGAUGUAAACAAUUCAACACUCAUGUUUGUUGGAGGUCUUGGAGGACAAAUCAAGAAAUCUCCUGCUGUGAAGGUUACUCAUUUUAAAGGCUGCUUGGGAGAGGCCUUCCUAAAUGGAAAAUCCAUCGGCCUAUGGAACUAUAUUGAAAGGGAAGGCAAGUGCCAUGGGUGCUUCGGAAGCUCCCAGAAUGAAGACCCUUCCUUCCAUUUUGAUGGGAGUGGGUACUCUGUCGUGGAGAAGUCACUUCCGGCUACCGUGACCCAGAUAAUCAUGCUUUUUAAUACCUUUUCACCUAAUGGACUUCUUCUCUACCUGGGUUCAUACAGCAUAAGAGACUUUUUAUCCAUUGAGCUGUUCCAUGGCAGAGUGAAGGUUACGACUGACCUGGGUUCAGGACCGCUUACCCUUUUGACAGACAGACGUUAUAACAAUGGAACCUGGUACAAAAUUGCCUUCCAGCGAAACCGGAAGCAAGGAGUCCUAGCAGUUAACGAUGCCUUUAACACCAGCAAUAAAGAAACCAAGCAGGGCGAGUCUCCGGGAGCAUCUUCCGACCUCAACCGUCUAGACAAGGAUCCGAUUCAUGUGGGUGGAUUGCCAAGGUCAAGAGUUGUAAGGAGAGGUGUCACCACCAAAAGCUUUGUGGGCUGCAUCAAGAACCUGGAAAUAUCCAGAUCAACCUUUGACUUACUCAGAAAUUCCUACGGAGUGAGAAAAGGCUGCUUACUAGAGCCCAUCCGGAGUGUUAGCUUCUUGAAAGGCGGCUACAUUGAAUUGCCACCCAAGUCUUUGUCACCAGAAUCGGAAUGGCUGGUAACAUUUGCCACCAAGAACAGCAGCGGCAUCAUCCUGGCUGCCCUCGGUGGGGAUGUGGAGAAGCAGAGCGAUCGUGAGGAGUCACACGUGCGCCUCUUUUCCAUCAUGCUGAUUGGAGGCAACAUUGAGGUACAUGUCAAUCCUGGGGAUGGCACAGGCCUGAGGAAGGCUAUUCUACACGCUCCCACGGGUACAUGCAGCGACGGACAAGCACAUUCCAUCUCCUUGGUCAGGAAUCGGAGAAUUAUCACUGUCCAGUUGGAUGAGAACAAUCCUAUGGAAAUGAAGUUGGGCCCAUUAGUAGAAAGCAGGACGAUAAAUAUGUCCAAUCUGUACGUCGGGGGAAUUCCAGAGGGAGAGGGGACAGCGCUGCUCACAACGAGAAGAUCGUUCCAUGGCUGUAUCAAAGACCUGAUCUUUAAUUUGGAACUUUUGGAUUUCAACAGUGCAGUUGGCCAUGAGCAAGUCGACUUGGACACCUGCUGGCUGUCAGAAAGGCCUAAGCCGGCUCCCGAUGCAGAGGACAGCGAGCUCUUGCCAGAGCCCCGGGCUUUUCCAGAACAGUGUGUGGUGGAUGCAGCUCUGGAGUACGUUCCUGGCGCCCACCAGUUUGGUCUCUCACAAAACAGCCAUUUCCUGUUGCCUUUUAAUCAGUCGGCUGUCAGAAAGAGGCUCUCGGUUGAGCUGAGUAUCCGCACGUUCGCCUCCAGCGGCCUGAUUUACUACGUGGCUCAUCAGAACCAAGCGGACUACGCGGUGCUCCAGCUGCAGGGGGGCCGCCUCCACUUCAUGUUUGACCUUGGCAAAGGCAGAACAAAGGUCUCUCACCCUGCACUGCUCAGCGAUGGCAAGUGGCACACGGUCAAGACAGAUUAUGUUAAAAGAAAAGGCUUCAUCACGGUUGACGGCCAAGUGUCCCCCGUGGUGACCGUGGUGGGAGACGGAACCACGCUGGAUGUGGAGGGUUUGUUCUACCUAGGAGGCCUGCCCUCCCAGUACCGGGCCAGGAAAAUUGGAAACAUCACCCACAGCAUCCCUGCCUGCAUUGGGGACGUGACGGUUAACAGCAAACAGCUGGACAAGGACAGCCCGGUGUCCACCUUCGUGGUGAACAGGUGCUACGCAGCGGCCCAGGAGGGAACGUUCUUUGAUGGAAGCGGAUACGCAGCUCUUGUCAAAGAGGGCUACAGAGUCCAGGCAGAUGUGAACAUCACACUGGAGUUUCGAACCUCCUCGCAGAAUGGCGUCCUCCUGGGGGUCAGCACUGCCAAAGUGGAUGCUAUUGGACUAGAGCUUGUGGACGGCAAGGUCUUGUUCCAUGUCAACAAUGGUGCUGGCAGGAUAACAGCCACAUAUGAGCCCAAAACCGCCACUGCGCUCUGUGAUGGAAAAUGGCACACACUUCAAGCUAACAAAAGCAAACACCGUAUCACUCUGAUUGUUGAUGGGAACGCAGUUGGCACUGAAAGUCCACACACCCGCUCUACCUCGGUGGACACCAACAAUCCCAUUUAUGUUGGUGGCUAUCCUGCUGGUGUGAAGCAAAAAUGCCUGAGCAGCCAGACCUCGUUCCGCGGGUGUUUGAGGAAGCUAGCGCUGAUUAAGAGGCCGCAGGUGCAAUCCUUUGACUUCAGCAGAGCGUUUGAACUGCACGGAGUUUUUCUUCAUUCCUGUCCUGGGACGGAGUCUUGAACUUCAAGCAGAAUCCUCAGUUGGAAUAAUUGCUAGUAUUUUGAAAAGAAGUGUUUGUGUGAAUUAAGAAUCUCUUCAGUUCAUAUUUCAUUUCCAACUCAGGUUAAGUGUUUCUGGGGAGAGAUGUUGUGUUUAUGUUACACUAAAACCACAUGUGCAACAAAUACCUCUAUUAAAUGGUCUAAAAUGUAAA